GAGGCCCGCGCGAUGAGCGGCGCGCGCGCACCCCGCCCCGCCCGCCAUGCAGCGCCUGCGCACCACCUUCAAGCGAUCCCGGACGCCUACGCCUCAAGAUAUGAAAUCGCAGAGCAGCCUCGAAGUGCCCAAGCAGGUUCGAUCGGCGUCGUUCGAUGAGAUUCAGCUGGAAGCGGCACGCGGCGCGGGCGCGAAUGUUUUACUGGCAGUCCCGCAGCAUGGCGCCCGCAGCCGUUCCUUUGACUCCGCCGGCUCGGAUGACUCGGGCACUUACCUCGAAGUACCUCGCCUAUGGUCUCGUCGUCGUUCCGGCAAAGGUACUCCACCACCAUGCGUUCACUGUCGCCAUAUGGAGACGUGGUUGUCGCAUCGUAGCGAGGAGCGAACCACGCCCGAACGACUACCCGUAUCCGCUUCCUCGUCCGCCGACGACGACGAUGAUGAUGACGAGAGCGAGGUUGAAUCUCCAAGAGUUUUGCUCGCGCCUCCACCACCACCUCGAACUUAUUUGCCGCCGAAACCACCAACUCAGUCACCACCACCCUCACCCGGUGCGCCUUCUUUUGAACUCCAACCACCAAACGAUGAACCGCCUGUACUGCCACAACGCAGACGAUCCAUAUCACGCCAAGAAGCGUUCUUUGUUGAACCUACUGGAAGUUCACUGGAAAAUGUUAGAGCAUCUGAAGAUUGUGCAACUCAGACCCAAAGAGAUCCGCUCGUACACGACAUUUACUUAGCUGUACCAGAGUUAAAGCGCGACCGUGCCGCGUCAGUUGAUUCCUGCUUUUCAAAAGUUUCGGGUGCUAGAGCAGAAGAGCUAAGUGGUAGUGGUGAUUACUUAACAGUUCCGGGCACUGGGUUGCGAUCCCGGUCAGUCGACAUCGUUCUGCCGACAGCCGAGCAGUCACGGUACAAAGCAUUAGCUUUAACUUCCGCACAAGCUCCGCCCCCACUCCAAAAUGAUAAAGUGCCUCAAGAACCUGCGGUCCAGCCAGCUGUAGAUAACAGACGCGGUGGUGACACCGGAGGCGCACGCGUGCUCCGUUCUACCCCUGAAUGGAGCGACGGGGCUAUCAACGGCGAGCACCUCUGGUCGCCCACCUCCGUCUCCGGCGACUGCUGCUAUGUCGGUGAUGCAGAAUGCCAGAAACAUGGUUCCCGCAUGAAAUGUUCAGCUUGCAAGAUUGUAGCGCACACAGCAUGCAUCGACAUCUUAAUGGAUCGACUGCAGUUUACCUGCAAACCUACAUUCCGCGAUGUGGGCGUGCGCCAGUACCGAGAGCAGACAAUCACACAUCACCACUGGGUUCAUCGACGGUCCGAGAAGGGCAAGUGCAAGGCGUGUGGAAAGUCGUUCCGGUGUCGAUGCUGCAAGUGGUGUUUACCGGCACGUGAUAAAGUAAACAAUCCUGUAGGAGAUUGUUAUGAGCUUGGCUACCGAUCCCUACAAGCAAAACUGUCGUUCAGUUCGAAAGAGAUCGUCGCAUUAAGCUGUUCAUGGUGCAAGGAUGCGUACCACAACAAAGAAAGCUGUUUCAACCUGCAACGGAUAGGAGAAGAGUGUUGUUUAGGCUCUCAAUGCAAUAUCAUCGUACCGCCGUCCUGGAUCGUAAAACUGCCAAGAAGGGGUAGCUUUAAAUCGUCACUCAGAAAAUCACCCAAAAAGAAAAAUUCUUCCAAGAAGAAAGGAAAGGAUUCAAAGAACGAGCUUAAAACAUUCGUUAUAAAACCGAUACCAACCACAAAUGUAAAACCAGUACUGGUUUUCAUAAACCCAAAAAGUGGAGGAAAUCAGGGAGCAAAAUUGCUGCAAAAGUUCCAGUGGCUUUUAAAUCCACGUCAAGUCUUUGAUCUCACUCAAGGUGGACCUGGGCCUGGACUUGAGUUGUAUCGUAAAGUGCCAAACCUGCGCGUGCUGGCAUGCGGCGGCGACGGUACAGUGGGCUGGGUACUGAGCGUGUUAGAUCGCAUUGGAUCGCGCCCAGCAGUGGGUGUGUUACCGCUCGGUACCGGCAACGACCUCGCCAGGGCUCUUGGUUGGGGUGGGGGUUACGAAGACGAACCAAUAUCGAAAAUCUUGGCGCAUAUUGGUGAGAGCGACACAGUACUGCUGGACAGGUGGCAGCUGACGGUAGAACCCAACACAUCAGCGUCUGGAGAGGAUACCACCCAUGCUAAACCCGAACUGCCUCUCAACGUCGUCAAUAAUUACUUCUCGUUUGGAGUUGACGCACACAUAGCUCUUGAAUUCCAUGAAGCCAGAGAGGCCCAUCCUGAGAAGUUUAACUCGCGUAUUAGGAACAAAUUAUUCUACGGUACUGCGGGCGGAAAGGAUCUGAUGCAGCGCAAGUGGAAGGGGCUAGCAGAUUUCGUUACCAUGGAGUGCGACGGCAAAGACCUCACUCCCGUACUUCGGGAACAUAAAGUGCAUGCUAUAGUUUUUCUAAACAUUCCAAGCUACGGGGGUGGGACUCAUCCUUGGAACAAAUCCGGAGGAGCCUACGAACCGUCAACCGAGGAUGGCCUCAUCGAAGUCGUUGGCCUCACCACAUACCAAUUGCCGUUACUACAAGCAGGAGGGCACGGCACAUGCAUAACUCAAUGCAAGACUGCAAAGAUAGUGACCACGAAGGUGAUCCCCAUGCAGGUGGAUGGCGAGGCGUGCAGGCUCGCUCCCUCCGUCAUCACACUAUCUAGGCUAAACCAGGCAAUCAUGCUCGCUAAGAGGAAACCUGGACGAGUCAUUGCACCACAAACGACUUUGGACAAACUUACACUCACUGUGAAUCUCAUUACAAUGGCUGAUUACGAGAGACAUCAUUAUGACAAGGAACUCCUUGCGAAAACGGUGUUUGUUUCAGCCGAACGUGUAGGAACUUUGGAAGUAAAUCCAGCGACAGACUUGGAGCAGAUGCGAACCCUCAUUCAGAACAUGAUCAAAGAAUCUCAAGCGUACUCAAAUCUCGUGGAUUGGUGGUUUGUCGAUUCAGUAACAGCAGAGCGAUUUUUCCGGAUCGACAAAGCCCAAGAGAAUUUACAUUAUUCGGCCGACAUCGGGAAUGAAAAUAUUUACAUUCUGGACGCGGCACCUUUGACUCCCGACACGGAGUCGACGGCGCCCCCCGACACCACCGCUACGGCUUCAUUAGACCGCACUGGGCCCUCGGUCUCUCUCGAUACCACGACUGGUCUCUCCGUAUCGUUGGACAUUUCGCAAAGCGUCGAUACACCUAGCGCUGGCGUCUCUCUUGACGUUCCCGAGUCACAUGCUAGCGAGUCUGGUUUCGGCAGCCCUGCCAGAACUUCGGAGGAAUUGCUCACACCCCAAACGCCGCCCCCCUCCAUCCCAGUUUCCCAUGCCCCUAAACUUUCAGUACACUCUGCCCCGAAAUUAGAAGCGCAACUAAUGCCCAAGGUGACCAUGGCUCUAACGCAAGAUUCCAACUCGCCUCCGCUCUGCACCAGCCCACCUGCAAGGGAUCAUCAACCCACACACGACUCCAUCGCCCGUUUUAAAACCAUUCAUGAAAAACUAUUUGGACUUGAUCAGGAAGUGUUUGGCUAUAGAAAUUUACUGGAAAAAACUUCUGACGCUCUGCUAAAAGCGGCCAAAGUGGGAGAUUUAAAGCUGAUGAAAGAACUGCAUGCAGCCGGGUAUUCCCUCUUGUCAAUUGACGCUAGUGGGCAAACGGCUCUACAUAUAGCUGCGCGAUACGGGAACAAAGAAAUCGUGAAGUAUUUGAUCGCAUGCGCACCAACCGCUAUCUUGAAUAUGAGGGAUAAUGAACGCGGGCAGACGGCGUUGCACAAGGCAGCGGCUCAUAAGAGGCGGGCCAUUUGCUGCAUGCUCGUGGCGGGAGGAGCCUCCCUCACGCGGCAGGAUCAUGCUGGCUUGACACCCCGCGCCUUAGCACUCAGAGCCGACGACCAUGAUCUCGCUGCUUAUUUAGAGAGUCAAGAACAUUUCCAAUUAGUGUCAGAAGACUUAGAAACUGCUGUUUAAAAGAAAUACUUUUCAAAACAUAAAGAAGAAGUUGUGGAAAUGAGCAGUACAAAAGCGUGAUACUAUCGUUGUCGUCGUGUCGUGAAUUAUUAUGACAUUAGAUACGAGUUAUUAUUACUUUGUAGCUCCGAAGUGAUACUCAGAUUUUAUAGUUUAAAGAUAAUCAAUGCACUACCUACUUAUUUUUAAUUAUAUUUCAAGUGAGA